UGGAAUUAUCGCCCAUCCCAGAAGCAUAAUUUACUCGGGCAAAAUAUUUAUACAGAGGCGGACCACAAUCAUUUACAACAAGUCCAUUCACGAAACCGAGUGGAAACAACUAAAGGCGCUGUAGACUUAAAAAAAAAUCAAUAUACUUGUAAGGAAAGCCGCUGGUUCAAACAUCAGUGUAAAGUAUUCAGCACCAUCAUGAACUUUCUGGCUGUUCUACACUGUGUGAUACUUAUUUCAGUUUGUGAAAUACUUGGAGAACAUCGAACGAACGCGGGAAUGUGCUGGCUGCAGCAGGGUCCGGAGCACCGCUGUGACAUGGUGCUCAUGAGGGGCGUGAGCAGGGAAGAGUGCUGUGCUGCUGGCCGUCUGGACACUGCCUGGUCCAAUACCAGUCUACCCAUCAAUGAAGUCAGCCUGCUGGGAUUCCUGGGAAUAGUUUCCUGUAAGCCGUGUAAAGAGAACUGUGAGGGGGUCAACUGUGGCCCUGGAAAGGUGUGCAGGAUGAAGUCUGGACGUCCCCAGUGCGUGUGCUCUCCGGACUGUUCAAACAUCUCCGCUAAACAUGCCGUGUGUGGGAGCGAUGGGAACUCGUACAUAGACGAGUGUGCACUCCUGAUGGCUCGCUGCAGAGGUCACCCUGACCUGGAGAUUAUGUACCAGGGGGAUUGCAAAAAAUCCUGCUCAAAUGUCGUAUGUCCUGGUACACAUACCUGUGUGACGGACCAGACCAACAGCGCCCACUGUGUCAUGUGCCGCACUGCGCCCUGCCCGAUGCCCAUGGUCACUGAGCAAACCAUCUGCGGCAAUGACAACAUUACCUACCCAAGCGCCUGCCACCUGCGUAGGGCUACAUGCUUUUUGGGUCGAUCCAUAGGGGUUCGCCACUAUGGACACUGUAGAAGUAAUGAAGGAAGUGAGGAGAAUUCACUCUUCUGAGGACGUCGAGAGAAGUUCCGCUCCAUGUACAUAUUAUGAUGGCACAUAAGACGUGAGAGAACCUGUUUGAAACCAUAUAGUCUCACAACACGGUCCUCUGUACCAAAGAACCACUACUAGUAUUUUAUAUACGCAUGCAAUUCAUAUUUAAAGGAAAUGUGUGGUUUUAACAGGAGAAUUGAUCUGAUGAAUUGACAGUGUGUAUAUUGUAAAUAUACUACAAGCUACUAUUUAUUGGAGUAAAAUAAUGAAGUCUGUUAUUUAUGUGUUAACACGUUUGAGACACCAUAUAUACGUAUACUUCAGCUGCCUUUAUCAAGGUAUUUAUUGUGGGUUUUGCUUCAGUUUUCUUGUACAUGUCAGAAGUGCAUGAUAUAUAUAUUCACAAAGAGCUAUUCUUGCCAAUUAAGUAUUUUAGAAAAUUUGUAUGUAAUGUUUUAUAUAAUUUUUUUAUUUAAUUUAUAUUAAAUUAAUUCCCAUGAUUUUCAGCCAUUGUCAGACAUCUUUUUGACAUCUUUUCUUUAAGCAAAAAACACACUAGCAAAAACGAUGCCCAGAAACCAAGUAAGUACAGCUUUCCCAAAAAUGUGCCUCUCUGCAAAUUCUUAUAGGCAUGGGAGACUACUUACUCAUUGAGAUAAAGUGUUAUGCGUGUAGUGUUUGCAUUCGAGGGAUUACUCAGCCAAAACAGCAACACUUCCAGGCCAUGUUUCACUGAAGCGAAGGGCAAACUGAGCCACCCACAAAGCAAUGAAAUUACCAGGCUGCAGUAUUUACGAGGACGCUGGGACAGUCAAAGAAUGUACAGUACAUUCUACUGUUUUAAUGGUUUUUACAUUGAUUGCAGGGUUGUGUUUUUGUCAUUUUGUGUGUCUGAGUUUCUAUCACUUGACCUUGUUAAAUACUUAAAUACUAGUCAUAAGAAUACAUUUAAAAGGUGUUUUGUUUAAUUCCCAGUAAAUCGUAUUGUGAUUUGAAAAAGAGACUGACGGAUUGGGGAUUUGUGUGUAAAUCAACAUUGUAGCUACAAGUUUGUUCCAUGUGUAACCUUUCUUCUACCUUCUUGUAAAUAGAGACCUUUUGCAGUAUCAUACUGUAAAAUCCAAUUUAUUCAAUUGCAUAUUUUUGUAUUGUUUACUUAAAUUUUUUAUUAAAACUCAAAAUUAAUGUUGUGUCAA